GACUGCUGGGCUCAUGUUAUCACCCAUGGGUGGCCAUUAUCUAGGUGUAUCUAGUCUGCAACUAGUCCAAACAUAACAGGAAGAGAAAUGAUGCAAAACAGUGAAACAACUGCAGGACAGCCACAGUAUGGACAGAGGAUGAUUUUUACAGGUCCAGAUGGAAUCGGAGACUAUAGGCCAAGAUCCAAUUACUUUACCCGGUACAUCGGUGUGGGUGCCACAUCACCUGAGGCCACAGGUGACCUCAGUUACCUGUGCCGAGCUCCACCAGAUGCCCUCCCACCCAUUCCCAGGCAGAGCUAUGUGGGGGAGGUGGGCUGGGGAUGGCAAUAUAACCAGCUGUUAAACAGUGGGACGCUGCUCAGCAAUAUGCAAAUUAAGAAAACAGACAUACGGGCAUCGUUGGAGAACAGAGUCACUCAAAAGUUUCAGAGCACAAAGUAA